AGUUUUGUGUAAUAAAAAAAAAGAAGUAAGAAGAAUAAGAACUAGGAAUAAAUGGGAUCUGUUGCCUACUGAAUUAUGCCAAGAAAAAUCUUGGCUAUCAAGAUUAAAUAUGGUAUAAAAAAAGAUGACUUUCAUACAGAUCGUCUUUUAUAGUUUUCUGGUUUCAAUCCAAUGGAAGGUAUUCGCUUCUUGUCUUUAUCAAUUCGACAGUCGAUUUGGAAAAGUUGGAAAUUUUUCUUCUCCUCACUAUCCAGAACAAUACCCUAAAGAUGUAGAGUGUUUCUAUCAUUUUAUCGGAACAGACUUUGAAACGUUGAAUUUGACCUUUCACACCUUCGAUUUGGAACCACCUUACAGUAAAGGAUGUCUAACUGAUUAUGUGGAUAUUUCUUCUAUAACCUUUUUCAAUGUCAAAGAGCUGAUAGGACGUUAUUGUGGUUCAGAAAUCCCGACACCUAUGAUAACAAUGCAUCCGAGAGCAGAAAUCAUAUUUCGCACAAAUCACAUCAUUCACCACCGGGGAUUUCAUGGAAUAUACGAAUUUAAAGAUGAAACUCUCAUUCCUCCACCAUUGUCAACAAGCGGAGUUAAAGGAUGCGGAGGAACCGAAUCGGGUGUUGGUGGAAUAAUUAGUUCUCCCGGGUAUCCUCAUUCUUUUCCUAAAGAUGUAGAAUGUGUAUGGUUAAUAAGAGUUAACACUAAUCAACAUAUAUAUAUCCGUAUAUUAGAGUUACAACUGUAUGGAAGUAUAGCGAAUUGUGAAGAUGCAGAGUUAUCUAUAUAUGAUGGUUAUUCUAGUUUUGUAUAUAAUCCAAAUAUUUUAAAGAAAUUCUGUGGAGAUUUGAAAUAUUAUAAAAAUGUUGAAGAGAAAACACAGCUCUCUAUUAGAAACAGGUUACUCAUAAGAUUUAAAACUUCAGUUACGUCAGAUGUAUUAGGGACCCCUGAUAAGAAAAUCGGAUUUAAAUUAGUGUGGACAGCUGUGACGUUUAAUUUUGGUGAGCCGUGCACUCAGUUUGUAUGCAAGGAAAGUCAAUAUUGUUUAAAUUCUGUAACCCAGACUUGCAAAGUGACACCUCAAUAUUGUAUAGACCAAUCACUAGUUUGUGACGGAUUACCAAACUGUAGCGAAGACGAUUUAAGUGAUGAAGAUAAAUGUAGAAUACCCCUGUUGAUUGGAUCUGGCGUAGCUGUUGGAAUUGUUAUACUGAUUAUCGUCAUCAGUAGCAUGGUAUACAAACGUCACAGAAGAGUAAAGAAGUCUAUAUCUCAGACACAAGGUCUGACGAUGCAGUUACGUCAACUAGAACACAGCCCUUCUUUUGCCAGCAGACAGGUGGGGAAUUUUUAUCCUGCAACAGAUAUAAGAUCGCCCAUUGACAUUAAUUGCAGCAUUCAUGCACACUACGACACUGUUAUCAACAACAGAUAUAAUUACCGCACAGAUGUGUGAUAAUGGAUCUCUUUAGGAAGCCACUAAUCACUGCCUUUAUUGUGCAGGCUGGAAUCUUUGGUGCUACGAGUUGGAUGUGAUUGAAGCUACCUCCAGAUAUGGUCUUACGGAUAAAAAAAGUGCUCAAUGAAACAAGAAAAGCAGUUAACACGUGUUAUGGCUAGAAUGUUUCAUUUGAAUUCUGCCAUUUUGAGUUUUUCUUUACUUACAUAACUGCGUUUAAAAUGUGGAUCCUUUCAUUGAAAAAUACAUCUACAUCAAUUCACGUAAUGAUUUAUAUAACCUUCACCACAUGAAUCAGACACAGCUUGAUAUGCCUCUCGUGGAUCGAUUCAUUAAUUUUUGCCAUAACUCCAUAGACGAAGAAAAAAGGCAUUCAGGCAAAUCAUCUAACAAAUAAUUUGUAAUUUUUUAAAGAAAUCUGCAUUUAUAAUCCGUGCGGUAAAGAAUCAGAUAUCGAAACGAAAACUACAAAUGAAAAUUUAUGUUUCCAUUGAUGAUAUCCAUGACUGCAAAAAAAAAACAAAAUAAUUUGUAUGUUUUGACUCAUAUUGCACUGUAUUUUGAGCACAUAGGCAAACUAUGCACAUAAAAUAUGUGCACUAUUACAUAUUGUCACAAUGUGGCAUUAAAUGAUUAAUAAAGAAUU